GUGGUCGUUGGUGAUCGCUGAAACACCGCACCGAUUCCGCGGCCCGCCAGGCCAGCUGUUACCACUCCUUCCAAGCCCUCACAAUCCGUCCACAGUCCACAUUCGGAACGCCACGAGCCGUUUUCGUUUUCCAUCCACAUCCCCUCAAAGCCCGCCUGCCGCGAAAGGGGAGGGCCGAUCGACAUCCUUGGCUCUCUCUGGUGUUAUGGAUCUAUAAAAUAUCAUUUCCCUCCGCCCUUCAUCCCAGAAUCCGACCCCCUCCAGUAUUGUUCUUCUAAAAUGGCCAGCGUUUUUGUCCCCUCCUCCCUCCUCCUCCCUCGUUCUCACACCCCUCUUCUUUCCUUGGCCCCAAACUCCUCGGGACUAAACCCAUCGCAGAAGCUUCAUGCCGGUGCUGCGGCCGUCUCCCGCCUUCCCAAGCGGUCGGCUUGCUUCAAGGUAAAUGCAUUGGUUGCUGAAACUAAGCGACCAAACUGGUGGGAAAGAAAUGCAGGACCAAAUAUGAUCGACAUUCACUCGAUGCAGGAGUUUUCGCAUGAAUUAAGCCAAGCUGGUGAUAGGCUUGUCAUUGUUGAAUUUUAUGGCACUUGGUGUGCUUCUUGUCGAGCACUCUUUCCAAAGCUUUGCAAAACAGCAGCAGAAAAUCCUGAUAUACUAUUCAUAAAGGUGAAUUUUGAUGAAAACAAGUCGAUGUGCAAACAACUAAAUAUUAAAGUGCUUCCAUAUUUCCAUUUCUACCGUGGUGCUGAUGGGCAGUUGGAAUCUUUUUCAUGCAACUUAUCAAAGUUUCAGAAAAUAAAGGAUGCCAUUGCAAAGCACCACACUGCUCAUCGUAGCAUGGGUCCCUCUGUUGGUGUGGGGGAUCGCAACAUCAAAGCCCUGUCCACAGAAGAAAAGCCAGCAGAAGCUUGUUCCAGAUAAUUAUAUCUUCUGAUUAUUCUCUUCGCCUAUGAUGGAGUUCAAAUUUUACGUCCUACAUCUAGUGAUUUAGAUUGAUUUAUCUAUUGAAUGUAAAACAGCCAUUUUUAGCAUCAUUCUUUUCUGACUCAUUGUAGUACAGAUUCCUUUUUUUCCCCGAAGGAAUACAGAAAAGCCGGAUUCUGAAGUUUUAUUUUACUAGCA